AUGGAAGAAAGUGAUGAACCUGAACAGCCUAUCUCCUUAGGGAGGCAGGAAUUUAGAAGGAGAAGACGACCCAGCCAACCGAUGGUAGACAAGUCCCAGCAGACAGAUGUGACAGAAAAAAAGAAACCUGUGGCUGUAGUACAACCUCCUGCCCCCAAAGCUACCCUCAGUAUUGGUAGUAUUUCUGGAAGCAAAGGCAAUCCCUCUGGUAAAGAAUAUGAGUCUCUUAGACUUUCUUCUCAACUUCAGCAAACUUGGACAAAGAGAAAGCAUGGCAUGGAAAUGACUGACAAAUCUCUACAGACAGACGUUCCUAUGGAAGAAAAAGUCCUAUUCAUUGAUAAAACCCUUACCCUUGAAGAACCCCCAGCCAGUGUUGGAGAAACAGCUCCUGAAUUGCCACAGAGUGUUCUAGAAGUAGAGAUUCCAACAAACAGACCCACAGGUCACUUAAUAGACAGAUCUCAGCAGACCAGCUGUACUGGUGACUGGAGUCUGUUGAACAUUUGCCCUAUAGAUAAAGUGGACAAAGAACAGCAGACAUACUUUAGUGAGUUAGAAAUUACUAUCAUGUCUAUGCCAGGCAGUUCCCUGAUUAAGUCAAAGGAGGAAACAACACCUGUUGCCCAAGAGGGUUCCUUGUUGGAAGUAAAUGGUAGUCUUGAAAUAGAGGUACUGUCAACUGAAAAAAUCUCGGAUGCCAUAAUGCCUUUCACUGAAGGAGAGUUUUCUGGUGAGAUCCAGGCUCUACCAGCUGAUGAGCUUCCUUCUGUAGAAGCUCCUGUUGACGUCAGUCAUCCGUCAGUGCAAGGGGCUCUUUCAGAUAAAUCUUAUGAUCAACAGAAACCCCAAGGAGCUGAAGUGGCUCCUUCAGAACUUCCUACUGAAAUUCUGCUUGCACUCUCACAAGAAGUGCUUGCUCAAGUCCAAAAUUUAGCAACUGAGGCUCUCCUUGAAAGCUCAGGCAAGGUAGAGCCUGCUGUUGCUGAGGAGUCCACUGAUGGAGUUCAAUCUCUACCGUCUGAGGAGGCUUCUAAAGAAAUACCUGUGGAAGUUCAGCCAUCAUUAGGUGAGCAAGCAAUAGAAGCGGUACCUGCAGAAAUCGUUCUUGUACUAGAUGAGAAAUUUCCCGCCGAAGAGGUCUUUGAAGGAGGUCAGCCUCCAUCAACCGAGGAAGUCCCUGCAGAGAAGGCUCCUGCAGAAGUUAUGCCUCCACCAGCUGAGGAAGCCCCUGGGGAAGAGACUUCUGCAGAAGUUCCACCUCCACCAACUGAAGACACCCUUGUAGAAGACAUUCCUGCAGAAGUUCCACCUCCACCAACUGAAGACACCCUUGUAGAAGACAUCCCUGCAGAAGUUCCACCUCCACCAGCUGAGGAGGCCCCGGCAGAAGAAGUUCCACCCCCACUAACUGAGGAGGCCCCGGCAGAAGAAGUUCCACCCCCACUAACUGAGGAGGCCCCGGCAGAAGAAGUUCCACCCCCACUAACUGAGGAGGCCCCGGCAGAAGAAGUUCCACCUCCACCAGCUGAGGAGGCCCCGGCAGAAGAAGUUCCACCCCCACUAACUGAGGAGGCCCCUGCUGAAGAAGUUCCACCCCCACUAACUGAGGAGACCCCUGCAGAAGAAGUUCCACCCCCACCAGCUGAGGAGGCCCCUGCAGAAGAAGUUCCACCCCCACCAACUGAGGAGGCCCCUGCAGAAGAAGCUCCACCCCCACCAACUGAAGAGGCCCCUGCAGAAGAAGCUCCACCCCCACCAACUGAGGAGACCCCUGCAGAAGAAGUUCCACCCCCACCAGCUGAGGAGGCCCCUGCAGAAGAAGUUCCACCCCCACCAGCUGAGGAGGCCCCUGCAGAAGAAGUGCCACCGCCACCAACUGAGGAGGUCCCUGCAGAAGUUCCACCUCCACCAACUGAAGAUGCCCUUGUAGAAGAAGUUCCAUCCCCACCAACUGAGGAGACCCCUGCAGAAGAAGUUCCACCUCCAUCAACUGAGGAGGGCCCUGUAGAAGUGCCACUGCCACCAACUGAGGAGGGCCCUGCAGAAGUGCCACCACCACCAACUGAAGAUGCCCUUGUAGAAGAAGUUCCACCUCCACCAGCUGAGGAGGCCCCUGCAGAAGAAGUUCCACCCCCACCAGCUGAGGAGGCCCCUGCAGAAGAAGUGCCACCGCCACCAACUGAGGAGGUCCCUGCAGAAGUUCCACCUCCACCAACUGAAGAUGCCCUUGUAGAAGAAGCUCCACCCCCACCAGCUGAGGAGGCCCCUGCAGAAGAAGUUCCAUCCCCACUAACUGAGGAGACCCCGGCAGAAGAAGUUCCACCUCCAUCAACUGAGGAGGGCCCUGUAGAAGUGCCACUGCCACCAACUGAGGAGGGCCCCACGGAAGUUCCACCUCCACCAGCUGAUAAGGCUCCUGCAGAAAUGGCUCCCACAGAAGUUCCUUCCCUUGAGAGGGUUCCUCUUGAAGGUCUUCCUCUAGAAGAAGAAGUUGUGAUUCCACAAGCUGAAGAGACCCCUCUAGAAUAUUUACCUGUUGAAACGCAGCCACUGCCAGCUGAGGAGGAUGUUGCAGAAGGGGUCCCAGUUGAAUUUCAGGCUCUUCCAGCUGAGGAAUCCCCUGCAAGAGAGGCCACUGCUGAAGUCCAGCCUUCAUCAUUUGAGGGUGCUCCAAUAGAAGAAGCCCCUGCUGAAGUUCAGCUUCCAGCAGCUGAAGUGGUUCCUGCAGAAGAGGCUUCUGAAGUUCAGCCUCCAUCAUUGGCUGCUGUAGAUGAGGUCCCUGCAGAGGUUCGAUUUCCACAAACUGAAGAGACUCCUCUAGAAGGAGAUCCUGUUGAAGUUCAAUCUCUACCAGCUGAGGAGGUCUUUCCUGAAGUGGUCCCAGUUGAAGAAGGCCCUGCAGCUGAAAUUGGGUUUCCUUCAUCUGAGGGGGAUCCUAUAGAAGAAACUACUAUGGAGGCCCAGUUGACAUCAGUUAAGGAGAGCCUUGAAAAGGCUUCUGUUGAAGUUCAGCUCCCACCACCUGAGACCCCUGCAGAAAAGUCUCCUGUUGUUAAACAGCUUUCCAAAUCUGACACGGUUCCUAUUCAAGAGUUGCCUAUACAAGAGACACCAGCUGAAGCUCCACUUCCAGCUUUUGAACAAACCCCUAAAGAUAAGGCUCUGCUAAAAGAACAUCAAUUGUCCCCAGUAGCAAAUGUCUCAGAGAAAGAAUUAGAGUCUUCUUUGACAGGUGAUAGAAACUCUGAAGGAGCAGAUCCUGUUCCUGCAGAUGUGCCUAGGAGCAAGGAGGAGCCAAUCUCCACUUUCAAAAUAGAAGGUACCAUUAAAAUAGAGUUAAAAACCCCCUCCUCCUGAGCUAUAGCCAGGUCCUAACUUAA